UCGUGUGUCUGUUUCGCUGAAGCUCAGCGCGAGAUCCGCGUGUCAAUCAGCAGAAUUAGCGAGCCGCAUCGCGCAGGCGUGAUCCAGUCUGAGCCGCGCCAGCUCGAGGCCAGUCGCUUCCGUCUCUUCAGCUCUACCUCUCCCGCCGGACAUGCCCCCCGGCCCCCGGCGACCCUCCGCGCCUCUGCCGCACCUGUCCGGCGCGUGAAUGGCCCCCCCGCUAUGGACGAAAUGCCGUUCCAGAAAGUCAAGACCCGGCGCAGGAGGAGCCACUGCCCGCCCGGGGUCAUCGCGUGCGAGGACGAGUUCGACUGCAAGGAGCUCGAGUCGCUCUUCCACAACUACAACCUGAAGCUCGACCAGACCUGCACGCUGAAGGCGCUGUCCGUGCUCAUCCUGCUGUCGUCCAGCCUCAGCCUGCUGGAGCUGCUGCUGUCCGGCGCCAGCCUCACCAUCGCCAAGGGCUCGUACCCGGUGCACUUCGUCAUCUUCAUCUCGCUCUUCAUCGUCACCAACGUCAAGUACCUGCAGGUGAGCCAGCUGCAGCAGAUCGCGCACUUGAGCCUGCUCUUCUGCUUCACCUUCUCGGUGCUGUGCUGCCCGUUCCCGUACGUGUCGGGCGCCGCGGGUCCGGAGCAGGGCGUGUGGCAGCUGCUGCUGCUGACGUUCGUGGCGUACGCGCUGCUGCCGGUGCGGACGCUGCUGGCGGUGCUGUUCGGGCUGCUGGUGUCCCUGUCGCACACCAUCGUCACGGCGGCGUCGGUGACGGCGAAGACGCAGCGGCUGUGGAGAGCGCUGGUUGCAAACACUCUGCUCUUCACCAGUGUGAAUCUGUCGGGUCUGUUUGUGCGGAUGCUGACGGAGAGAGCGCAGCGCAGAGCCUUCCUUCAGGCCCGAAACUGCAUCGAGGAGAGACUGCGCAUGGAGGACGAGAACGAAAAACAGGAGCGUCUGCUGAUGAGUCUGCUGCCCAGAAACGUGGCCAUGGAGAUGAAGGAGGACUUCCUGAAACCCCCAGAGAGGAUCUUCCACAAGAUCUACAUCCAGCGGCACGAUAACGUCAGUAUUCUGUUUGCGGAUAUUGUGGGCUUCACGAGUCUGGCGUCGCAGUGCACGGCGCAGGAGCUCGUUAAACUCCUCAACGAGCUCUUCGGCAAGUUUGACGAACUCGCCACGGAGAAUCACUGCCGGCGGAUCAAGAUUCUGGGCGACUGCUACUACUGUGUGUCUGGCCUGACGCAGCCCAAGACGGAUCACGCUCACUGCUGCGUGGAGAUGGGUCUGGACAUGAUCGACACCAUCACAUCGGUGGCUGAAGCUACAGAGGUGGAUCUGAACAUGCGUGUGGGUCUGCACACGGGACGGGUGCUCUGUGGUGUGUUGGGCCUCAGAAAGUGGCAGUAUGACGUGUGGUCCAACGACGUGACGCUGGCCAACGUGAUGGAGGCUGGAGGACUGCCGGGGAAGGUGCACAUCACUCGUGCCACGCUGGACUGUCUGAAUGGAGAUUACGAGGUGGAGCCGGGAAACGGCCGCGAGAGACACUCGUUCCUGCUCAAACACGACAUCGAGACCUUCUUCAUAGUGCCAUCUCACCGCAGGAAGAUUUUUCCUGGUCUGAUCCUGUCAGACAUCAAACCUGCCAAAAAGAUGAAGUUUAAGACGGUGUGUUACUUGCUGGUGCAGCUCAUGCACUGCCGCAAGAUGUUCAAGGCCGAGAUUCCCUUCUCCAGCGUCAUGAGCUGUGAGGACGGGGACAAGAGGAGGGUGCUGCGCUCCGCGCCGGAGAAGCUCAGGAACCGUUCCUCCACAGCAGCUAACGCGGCUCCGAGCAGCCCGGGGACACGGGUCAACCGCUACAUCAGCCGUCUGAUCGAGGCCCGGCAGACGGAGUCCGACACGGCCGACCUGCACUACCUCACGCUCACCUACAGAGACUCGGAGCGAGAGCGCAGGUAUCAUCAGCUGAAUGACGAGUACUUCACCGGCGCUGUGCUUCUGUCUCUCGUCCUCACGGCUCUGAUCGGCAUCCUCUACCUGCUCAUCAUGCCACAGGGGACGGUCGUGUUGGUGUUGCUGGUCUUCUGCAUCUGUUUUCUGGUCGUGUGUAUCGUGUAUCUGCACAUCACUAGAGUUCAGUGUAUUCCAGGGUGCCUCAGCAUACAGAUCCGGACCGUCCUGAGUGUGUUCAUAGUGCUCUUAAUAUACGCCAUGGCCCAGGCCUGUGUGGUGGGCUGCAUGCCGUGGCUCUGGCCAACUAACUCCACACGCUCCAUUGUGAUCAUCGACGUGUCCGCAGGCCUGAACCGCACCAUGGCUGAGCUGCCGUGUGAAGGAGCGCAGUACGCCUUUCUGUGCUGCAUGCUGGGGAUGCUGACCGUGGCGUUGUUCCUGCGAGUGUCCUGGCUGUCCAAACUCCUGCUGCUGCUGCUGCUGCUGCUGCUGUACAUCACCGUGCUGGAGCUCAGCGGAUUCAGACGCUCAUCGGGGAUGGUGUUGUUGAGCGCUCGCGGUCUGGAGCCCGUCCUCUCUCUGCUGCUGUUCUCCACCGCACUCGCCCUUCACUCCAGACAGAUGGAGCUCAAGCUGCGGCUGGACUUCCUCUGGGCCACUCAGGCAGAGGAGGAGAGAGACGGCAUGGAGAAAGUCAAACUGGACAAUAAGAGAAUCCUCUUCAACCUGCUGCCGGUUCAUGUGGCUCAACACUUCCUGCUGUCUAACCCCAGAAACAUGGAUCUGUAUUACCAGUCCUAUGCUCAGGUCGGGGUGCUGUUCGCUUCCAUUCCCAACUUUAAUGACUUCUACAUCGAGCUGGACGGAAACAACAUGGGUGUCGAGUGUCUGCGGCUGCUCAACGAGAUCAUCGCCGACUUCGACGAGCUGAUGGACAAAGAGUGUUAUAAAGACAUUGAGAAGAUCAAGACCAUCGGCAGCACGUACAUGGCAGCGGUGGGUUUGGUGCCCACCAUCGGAACCAAGGCAAAGAAAUCCCCGGAGGAGCACCUGAGCACCAUCGCAGACUUCGCCAUCGAGAUGUUUGACGUUCUCGAUGAAAUCAACUAUCAGUCAUAUAAUGAUUUUGUCUUGAGAGUGGGUAUUAAUGUGGGUCCGGUGGUGGCCGGGGUCAUCGGGGCCCGCCGGCCGCAGUAUGAUAUCUGGGGAAACACGGUGAACGUGGCCAGCCGCAUGGACAGCACCGGAGUGCCUGGGAAGAUACAGGUGACAGAGGAAGCGUACCGUCUGCUUCAGAGUGACUAUGAUCUGGUGUGUCGUGGCAAUGUCAGCGUGAAGGGCAAAGGUCAGAUGCUCACAUAUUUCCUGGAGGGUAAAGCGCAGGACGCGGGGAACCGAGCGCCGCAUCACACCGGCGGCCUGGAGCGCAGGGUCCACGCCAUCGCCCGCUCCAGCAGCACGCACACGAAAGCCGGCAGAACCUCGUCUGUGGCCUCGGGAUUCGUGAGCAGCAGCUCUCCUGGGACACGCGGACACAGCGCCGCUCAUGUGCCUACAGUCAGAGAAGAGCAGGAGGGCAAAGAGGGGGAGAUGUAGGACCGGUCGCACACGAUACGCACACUUCUUUACCAUUAAAGACACAGAAGAGGAUAACGUCUGCAGGUGGAAAGAAUGAAACGUCUUCCCUUUAUUCACCUUCUCAAAACACGUGAACGGAUCUUCACUGCACGCUCUUUUAAAGACCGUCUUCUUUGGUCACUUUUAUCAGUUCUCCUGGAUAAAUUCAGGUACUGUCCUGCAUUUCUUUCCCAGUCGAAUCAUGGAAUUUGGGCUUGGGAAUGCCGUUCCACGCUGAUUCUGUUGCGCUGCAGGAGCGUUCAGAGCCUCGCAUGAUCUUCAGCAAUGUGUCAUCUCUCAAGUUUUAUGCCAACUUCUUAUAUGAGCUGUACAUAGUAGAUGUUCUUACAAUCAGAGCUUGUGUAUUUUUUGUAUUGAACUCUCCAGUGCAUUUGAAUGAGUGUGAUAGCGUGUGAAUGAGAUGCAUUUAUAACACAUAGAGCAGCAAUAGAAGCAGGACAUGCUCUGCAUCAGUGCACUAGAUUGUGAUUUCAUAUUCAUUCACUCUCACACACUCUUCAUCUUCAUCACGUCACAGAGCCCCGCUCACACGUUUCUAAAGGUUGAGACUGGAGAAAUCAAAGAGCUCUAUCUUGAUGACACAUUUACACCUGUACUCUGAUUUCAGAAAAUAAUAAUAAUAAUAUAAAUAUAUAAGUAUAAACUGUUUCAAAGCAGCAUGUGUAUAUAGAACAAGAGAAAUCAGGGAGUUUGAUAACAGCCUAAAGAAAGCUUCUUCAUCAUCAUCAUCAUCAUCCUCGGCUGCAGUCACUCGGACAGACUGUUCUGAAACUAUAAACUACAAUCUGACAUCUAUAUUCAUGCAUACAGUGGAGUCCAAACAUCUGACACUGCAUUCAGUUUCACAUUUUUGCCAUUUAUUUGAAAUUUGUAUUACAAAUAUCUUUUUCAUACCUUAAUGGGAAUGUUAACAUAACGCUCGUAGAACUUAUUUUUGUCAGCUGGCUAUUCAUUAAAUGUUGUAACUUUAUUUAAAUGAUUUAAAGGAUGUUUUGAAUCUCAGAUUGAUUGUCAGUGUGGUGUCAGGUGUGUGUAUGUAGUGAUAAAGUGUGUGAUUAGCAGGGACAAACCUGCACAGGCUGAACAUGUGCCAAUUAUAUCGAAUCUCAAUCUGAAGUGCAAUGAUCGGACACGAUUCUGUCAUCAGCAUUCAUUGUAAUAAUAUCAGCAUCACAUUCACAUGCAGAUGAAACGUGACUGAAACUAUCAAAUACUAUAUGCUUUAUGCUGUUAGAGAGCUAUGUGCAGAAGAAGUUUUCACUCAUGAUGAGACUGUUACCUGAGUGAGGCGGAUGGUUUGAUGUUAACGAGGUCAGUUAUGUGUAGUCUAUGUGGGCACAAGAGUGCAGUGACCAGCUACUGACACGGAGGUCAACAACCCGCCCAUGAGGAAUGCUGCGUCACACACACACACACACACACACACACACACA